ACCGCACAUUGUUCCACCGCUCCAGGUUAGCUCUCUCUCUCUCUCUCUCUCUCUCUCUCUCUCUCUCUCUCGCUGUUGGUUUCUGAAUUCUGAGUCGAUCUUCUGUUAGCUACAUUUCUCCUUCUUGCAUCUGCGUGUGUUUGGUUGGGGCUUGGAUUGGAUUACGCUGAAACUAGAGUUCGUUCCUUGAAUUUGUUAGGGUUUUGUUGAGAAAUGGGGUUAGGGUUUGAUUCUUCCUGAGAACUUUUGCAUCUGGAGGAGGAGACUCUGCCGGUGUUGUUUGAUUGUGUCCUUGCGGGAGAUCCGGCGCUUCGGGGGCGGAGAUGAGCGCGUCUCGGUUCAUAAAGUGCGUGACGGUCGGCGAUGGCGCUGUUGGCAAAACCUGCAUGCUGAUCUCCUACACAAGCAACACAUUCCCUACGGACUAUGUGCCAACCGUUUUUGACAAUUUCAGUGCAAAUGUUGUGGUUGAUGGGAGCACAGUCAACCUAGGGCUGUGGGAUACUGCUGGUCAGGAGGACUAUAAUAGGUUAAGACCUCUCAGCUAUCGAGGGGCAGAUGUGUUUCUUCUUGCAUUUUCUCUUAUAAGCAAGGCUAGUUAUGAAAAUGUUGCCAAGAAGUGGAUUCCUGAACUUAGGCAUUAUGCACCUGGUGUUCCAAUAAUCCUUGUUGGAACAAAGCUUGAUCUUCGGGAUGAUAAGCAGUUUUUUAUAGACCACCCUGGUUCAGUACCGAUCACUACAGCUCAGGGUGAGGAACUGAGAAAGGUUAUUGGGGCCCCUGCCUACAUCGAAUGUAGUUCAAAAACACAGCAGAAUGUUAAGGCCGUUUUCGACGCAGCCAUUAAGGUGGUACUCCAGCCACCUAAGCAAAAGAAGAAGAAGAGGAAGGCACAGAAGGCCUGCUCCAUAUUGUGAUCAGAAGAGAGAUUUGCCAGAAGAGAAAAUGACCAGCCAAGCAUUUGAAUUGGCCUCUGUAUUGCAGUAUUUGUUGCUCUCAUCUCCUAUUACAUUCUGUUCUCCCCUCAGAGGCAGCAAGGGCUUUUGGUGUAUAGUCUUAAUUGACAUGCUAGGGGUUUUCUGUGGAAGCGUCAUGGUUUGUUUAAUUUGUUGUUUUCAUGAUGUGUAAUUGAUGACUAGCACUCCUUGUUAACAUGGCACGUCGCCCUUCUGCAUUUGGAGGAAGAAAGAUCCCUAUCAGAAAAAGAACCCAAGUUUUCUGGGAUGAAUAUGUAUGAAUCAAACUGUUAAAUGAUUUCCUUUCUUUGUUCUGUUUU